AUGGAGGCUUCUAAGUUUGUAACGGAGAAGAAGAAAGGCGAAAGGAGGCUUACCGGAGGUUAUAUCAAAUUGCUCUCAACCAGGAUGUAUUUCAAGAAAACUGGAAGCAAGGCUUCCCAGAUUCUAAUCCUUUUAUUUGUUGGGAGUGUUGGCCUAAUCUUCACAAAGAGAGACUUGAAAGAAGUCAGUGAAGAAGUUGCCAAGUAUAAGGUCGGAGCUCCUAUGCAUGUUGGACUUGUGGCUCCGAUGGAUACGGUUCUUAACAUUCCCAACAAGAUUAACAAAGGUAUUGUGGAAAUCACCACCCAUAUUGAGCUCAUCAAGAAGGGUGAUAAUGUGGGAUCUUUCGAAGCUGUACUCCUGGACAAACUUGGCAUCAUGCUAUUCUCAUAUGGUCUUAUUGUUGUUACUGUGUAUGACAAUGGAUCUGUAUUUCGCCAUGAGGUUCUUGAUUUGACCGAAGAAGACUUGAUUGAAAAGUUUGCUCUGUGUGUUUUAGAGUGUUAA